GCCAAGUCUGUCUUUUCCGGCUUUGCCUUAGAGGUGGUAACUAGAAGAAAAAUGUCAGGGAUAUUUUCCUUCGGAGGAGCAGAACUUGCUGCUGUUUCUUAGUAAUAUGGCGGCUGUGGAAAGUGAAACCUCUAGAAGAUCCAAACCCUUUAAGAAGAUACAAAAAGGUUACACUGGAGCAUAUCCAAAGCAAUCUUCCAUUCCUUAUACAUUUCGGACCAUAGUAACCCCGGAUUCAGAAAGAAAAGGAUUUAACAGUCAAAGCAAAAGAUUUUAUUGUAAACUGGAUGAAAACCCAGGCCCAGGUUUCUACAAUGUCAUUCAUCAGUCUCCAGAGUUCAAUAGUGUCUCACUAUCAAAGAAAGGGACAGGAGCUUUUCCUUCAGUGGAUAACCGGCUGUCUAUGAAGAUUCCAAAUUAUCCUGCAGCCAAUGCCUACAACCUUCCGUCCAAUUUGAUUUCUAAGAAGAACUUUAGCAACACGUGUUCUAGCAUGUUCCACCUGCCCUUCUGUGAGAAAAUCUGCAAAUGGCCCACCCCAGCACCCAAUCACUAUAACACCACAACUUUUAUCUACAAGGAACAGAACAAUUUGUGUGCUCCUCGGGCUGGGUUUUUGUCAAAGACCCCAAGGGGGUUUACACCUACUAGACAAAGGGUGGUGCCUUCCCCAGGGCAUUAUGAGAUCAACGAGACCCUGGUGAAGGAGGCCCCUAAGCUUCUCGGCUGUGGUUUCAAGUCAAAAACUGUUCGAGAAACGAAAAUAACCUCUUUUGUUCCUGGGCCAGGCUCCUAUGAUCCCAAUGUACCCAUCAAAGCCCCUCCCAAGAAGAUCAUUACUCCGAAAAAAUACACACUGACCUUCUCUGCAUUCCCACUGCCUCCUCUUCCUAAGCCUCCUGUUCCAGGUCCUGGUCAAUAUGAUAUUGUGAACUACGAAGGCCCCUCCAAACACUAUAUCUCCAGCGCCACAUUUGUGUCCAACACAAGUCGGUGGACAAUGAACACGGCCAAGAAUGGGAUUCCGGGGCCAAGUACCUACAAGCCUGAAUUCCCUGGAAAACAGUCUUUCAUCUACAACAGUGACAAGAAAUGGAUCCCUGUUUUAUGA